AUGCAGAACACCAACAGUCCGCGUUGCAAUGUAAAUCCCGUGCUGCACCGUCUCAUUCUUGCUUCACGUGUCGUAGAAAAGGGUGACUCCGCGGCCGGCUUGAUGAUCACCAACGAUGCCCUGCUGGCUUCGGUGAAGCUGCUGGCCUCGGAUUUGGAUGGCACCCUUCUGGACCCACAUCACAAGCCAGCGGCUGGAACUUUCGAGGCCAUCGCAGAGUACCAAAAAGCAGGGGGCGCUUUCGCUGUCUGCACGGGACGAGACCUGGGCUCGGCGCGAGGCGUGCUGAAGGGCCUGGACAUCGAUGCCAUGCCCGGGGUUUACCUGAACGGCACCACCGUAAAAGGCAAGGGCGGUGAGAUGCUCCGCAACUUGACGCUUCCGCCGGAGUUAUUGCAGCGCAUGGUGGACUGGGGCCGGGAGCACCGGGACAAGGCCUCAAUCCUUUUUGUGGAGGGCGAUGCCCACUAUGUUAUGGACCGCUCCGAGGAGUACGCGCUGUUUAUGCACAAGCACCUCCUGGACCCCGACCCUGUAGAAGUGAAGGGCGGCUGGGCAUCCCCGGAGAUCCCGACCAAGGUGAACAUGAUGCGUGUUAUUUGCAGCCCGGAGGACAUGGACACGAUCAAGCCACAGGUGGCCGCCUGCGUCAAGGGCUUGGCCAACUAUGCGCAGUCGCUGCCGACCACGAUUGACAUCAUGGCCCCCGGCACAAACAAGGCUGCUGGCCUCCACGUCCUCUUGGAGGCACUGCAGCUCAGCAUGGCCGAAGUCUGCGCCAUCGGCGACUCCGAGAACGAUCUGGAGAUGCUGCAAUCCGUCCGCGUGGCCUGCGCCAUGGGCAAUGCCGCCUUGCUAACGUCUCCAUACUUCUUUCUGAUCUUGUAUUGUCGAUCCCUCCAGCGGCCCUUUUUCGAGAGUGCUGAGGCAGAAAUCGGCUGA